AUGCAACAAUCAUCAAGAUCUACCAACUGUAAUACCAUUAUGUUGGAUGACAUUGAUAUGGAACUGGUAAGAAGAAAGUAUUUUGGAACUGCUAAAAAUAACAAAAGUAGCGGUGGUAAUAAUGAUGAUAACAUGACAGGACAUUCAGAAAUGAUGGCAUCUUGUACUAGGCUUUAUGAUCAGCUAGAUAAAAUAUCAGAUUUACUUUGUGAUUUCACUGAAUUAUCUAAAACAUAUCUUAAAAAGGAUUCAAAAAAGUUGAUAGAUUUACAAAAUAAAUGGUCAAAAAAUAUUUUAAAAAUGGAAAACUUGGUUAAGCAUUUGAAAAUUUUAGCAUGGAAAGAAGUAAAAACUAACUAUGUUAUAGUAUUGGAUAGUGAUGAUGAAAAACCACAAGGAGUUAACAAAUGUGAUGAUGAUUUUGUUGACGGCAUUAUGAUAGGUACAGAAUCUAAUCCACUUGAAUUUUUGAAGAAUAUAAAAAAUACAAUUGAAAUGUAUGAUAAUGAGUUUGAUUAUAGAAUUAUAAAUGGGUUCCCAUUAAAUUUCAAAGAAAAAGGUAAAGAACCACAACCAAUAGUUCCAGAAAUUAACAAUAUUAAUAGUAAUGAUUGUAAAAAUAAAAAAGAUUGCAGUGAUAAUGGUGGUAUGGAAUUGGAAGUUGAAAUUGAUACAUCAAAAUUGGAACCAAUCGAUAAACUUGGAAAUUUGCAGUGUAUAGAUUUCCAUCAAGGUAGUGGUGAUGUUAAUGAAAUGGCAAUUCAUAUUUCAAAGUUCAAAAAUCAUGAAGUGCCUAAACUUGCAAUUGCUUACAUUGCAAAUCAUGACCCAAAAUAUAAUAUGGCAGGUAAUUUACAAUUAUUUGAUGCUAGGAAAGGAACUGUAUAUUAUUUACAAGGACAUUAUGAUUAUCAUACAGAAACUACAAAUGAAAAACUAUGGAAAUCUGUCACGGACGUGAAAUUUUCCCAGGGAGGGAAAUUUAUUUACUCUUGUUCUACUGAUAAAAAAGUUAUUAUCUGGUCAUCAAUAGGUAAAGAAGAUCAAAUUUGUACUCCCUUGGCAGCUGUAGAAUGUGAAGACACUGUAAAUCGCAUUGUUGCUAAACAUGACAAAUCUAAGGCCACGUAUCAAUUUGCAUCAUGUGACAAUUCAGGCAGCAUCACAUGUUUUAGUUUGAACGCAGAUGAAGGCAAUUCUUAUAAGUUAGAUAAAAAUAUUUUGCAAGUGAAAACAAAAACAACAAGUGCUCCACCUAUUGUUGACAUAAUUUAUGGUAUUGACUAUUUUGAUCAGACCAUCAUUGCCGGUUUUGAAGGAGUUGAAUCACAGAAAGAUGGUUUUAUAAGAUUAUGGGAUAUAGAAACAAAAAGAAAGUUAGUUGAUUAUAAGAUAGGCAGUAACAAUAGUGUGAGUUGCUUGGGAAUGUCAACAUCUGGAUAUCGGGUGGCAUGUGGGGUGACAUCAACUAGUGACCAGGUUAGGAGUGAUGGGAAUAUACGUUUGAUUGAAUUAGAAUCUAACGAAAAGAAAAUAUAUCAAACCAAUGAAUAUGAUUCAAAUGUUAUUGCAUUUUCACCAGAUGAUCAAUAUAUUGCAUUGGGAGGGGUGGGGAAUAAAGUUUGGGUAUUUGAUACAAGAUAUGAAAACAAGCCACUUCGAAUGCUUUCUCACACUACCCCAAAUGAUGGACUGAUAUAUGAGGGAAUCAAUGGAAUUCAAUGGAUUAAUAGUAACAUGAUUUUAACUGGAGGCUCAGAUGGUAUUGUUAAGUUAUGGAAUAUUAAUAAAUCAGAUAAUUCAUCCACUUGUUUGAAAUACGAAUUCCCAGAACAUGAUAGCCCAAUAACAUGUAUCAGAGCAAAUGAAGAUUUGAAUUAUUUGUCAGUUGGUGUGUCAACAGGACGUGUUUACUUAUACUCUACUGAUCAAGCUGUAUUGAAUAAUAGGGACAAUAUUAAAUUUUAUUGCCGCUCCCGUGUGGUUGAUUAUAAUGAAGUUCGUGAAGCAAUCAAGAAACUUAUUCCAGUGAAGGGCGGCAAUGAUAAGGAUACUCUCGCCCCUCUAUUUGUACGUUUAGCAUGGCAUGCCUCUGGAACUUUUGAUAAAAUAACUAAGACUGGUGGUUCUAAUGGUGCCACUAUGCGAUGUCCUAAAGAAGCUAAUGACCCUGCUAAUAACGGUUUAGAGUUAGCAAGAGAGAAACUAGAAUCAAUCAAACAACAAUUUCCUGAAGUAUCUUACGCAGAUAUUUGGACUCUAGCAGGAGUUGUUGCUAUAAAAGCAAUGAAGGGACCAGAGGUACUAUGGACUCCUGGCCGCAAAGAUAUAGAUAUACAAACUCAAGAGUCGUUAGUCCCAGACCCUGGUCGUUUACCUGAUGCUGACAAAGGUGCAGAUCAUAUAGAAUCUGUUUUCUCUAGAAUGGGUUUCAAUAACCGUGAAAUCGUCGCUUUGUUAGGCGCACAUUCACUUGGUCAUUGUCAUCCAGAAACAUCGGGUUAUAAGGGUAGGUGGACACAUUCUCCAACGACUUUUACAAAUAUGUUUUUUAGACAUUUAUUAAAACCGGGUUGGCAAGAAACGACAGUUGAGUCUAGUGGAGCUCUUCAGUACGAAGCAGGGGGGCUCAUGAUGUUACCAUCUGAUAUGGCAUUACUUGACGAUAGAUUUAGAGGAUAUGUUGAAGAAUUUGCAAAUAAUGAAGGAGAAUUCUUUACUCAAUUUGCUGCAGCUUUUAAAAAACUAUUGGAACUUGGUUUUAUUGACUCGGGUAGGAAGGCCAAAUUAUAA